CAAAAAUAUAUUUAAAUAUAAAUAAUUGUACGUCCGAAAUAAUUUUCAAUUAAAACCAAUUCAUCCAAAAUAAUUUUUUCUGACCGCAACCAAACACUUGCUUAAUUAAUAAAGUUUAGUUAUAUGUUGGAGAUUUUGAAUAUUUGCUAACAUGGUGAAUUUAAUUAUUUGAACUUGAUGCAUUAAUGAAACAGACAUCAGGAUGGAGAAAGUUCAUGUCAUAUGUAGGCCCCGGCUUUCUUGUCUCAUUGGCAUACUUUGAUCCUGGAAACAUAUAUGUUUGUGUGCUAAUUGGACUCAUAUUUGCGCUUAUAAUUCAAUCGUGGGCUGCAAAUCUUGGAGUAUGCACUGGAAAACACCUUUCAGAAAUUUGUAAAGCUGAGUAUCCAUUAUUUGUGAAGUACUGCUUAUGGAUAUUAGCUGAGCUUGCUGUCAUUGCUGCAGACAUACCUGAAGUUAUUGGGACAGCCUUUGCCCUUAGCAUACUAUUCAAAAUCCCAGUAUGGGUUGGAGUUUUGAUAACUGGCUGCAGCACUCUCUUGUUUUUGGGUCUGCAAAGAUUUGGGGUAAGGAAAUUGGAACUCUUGAUAUCAAUAUUAGUAUUUGUAAUGGCUGUAUGUUUCUUUGGAGAAAUGAGCUACGUAAAACCCCCAACUUCUGGUGCCAUAGAGGGAAUGUUUGUCCCUAAACUCAAUAGAGAUGGAGCUGUAGCAGAUUCUAUUGCCCUUUUGGGUGCCCCUAUCAUGCCGCACAAUCUUUUUCUUCACUCUGCUCUAGUGUUGUCUAGAAAAAUACUCGGUUCUGUGCGUAGUAUCAAUGUAAGACAACAAAUUUAUAACCGAUAAACUUCAAGUAUAUAUAAAGAAAUUCACAUUACAUUAGACUAACUAAUAUUAAAUGAUUGAUUUUGCAUGAUGCAUGUAGAUACUUUCUCAUUGAGAGUGCAUUUGCUUUGUUUGUGGCAUUUCUAAUCAAUGUUGCAAUGAUUUCUGUGUCUGGCACGGUUUGCUCUGCCGAUAACCUAUCUGCAGAAAACGCUGAUCGUUGCAGUGAUCUUACUCUUAACUCUGCUUCUUUCCUUCUUCAAGCUUCUAAUUUAAUUCACUAUAUAAUAAAGUUGCAAUUGCUAUAGCCAAAAAAUGACAUUAAGUUUAAUCCAUAUUAAGCACCAAUUUAUAUAUCUCACAUGAAAUUUUGAUGUGUUCAUUAAAAUGUGUUGGGACGUUCAAGCUCAACAAUUUAUGCCAUAGCUUUUGCUAGCCUCAGGACAAAGUUCUGCCAUCAUUGGAACCUAUGCAGGACAGUUUAUCAUGGUUUCUUGGAUUUAAAGAUGAAAAAACGGAUUAGGAACUUGGUGACUAGGAUUAUUGCCAUAGCACCUAGUCUUGUUGUCUCUAUCAUUGGUUGUUCCUCUGGGAGCUGGAAAGCUUAUUGUUAUUGCAUCGAUGAUACUUUCUUUUGAGCUUCCAUUUGCUUUAAUUUCACUCCUUAAGUUAAGGAGUACCAGUACCACGAUGGGACCUCACAAGAAUUCUAUGAUUAAACUGAAACAAAAAGUGACAUAAUUUGGAUGCACAUCAUUGUCAUCUCAUGGAUACUGGAUUUUGGAAUCAUUGGUAUCAAUGUGUACUACCUCAUUACUGUUGAAGAAAAUGACAUAUCAGAUAAACAGAAGGCAACGUAAUUGACUCGUUUGCUUCUGGAUUCGGAAAAGUUGUUGCAAAUAUUUUCAGUUCUCCAAUUGAAUUUCUUUCCGGAAAGUCUUGUAGCUCUGUAUGUGGACCAACUUGGGAUCUCUUUUGUUAUAUUGAAAAUUUCUGUGUUGCUAAUCUAUUGAGGCUAGGAGUGGUAUUUGUUCUAUUGUACAUUGUAUUCAUGCACUUUCUUAUGUGUUAAACUACACAAUGUCAAGAGGAGGAGAAGAAGAAAGGUCAGAACGGGAAUGAAUCAAAACUUCUAUUCUACAACUGGAGAAGAAUACAUUGAUGAAAGCCUUCCAUAUCAUUUUCAACCACCUGCAGAAUUUAGCAGAUCGUUUUCGCGUCGAAGGAGAGACUUCAAAGGCUCACACCUAAGAAAGUCUUUGAAGCCUAGGAGAGGUCAUGCUCAAGUUGAAAUUAGUAGAGAUCUUAGUUAUAAAAAUAAAGGAAAUCAUAGUAGUAGAGAUCCUAGUCACAGAAGUAAUGUCAUUAAGCAUGGUAAUUAUAAAAGUACAGUCCAUGAUAUUAAGGUAACACGUACAUCAAAGUUUGCCAGAAAAGGUAUGAAUAAUAGGAAAAACGUUAUUAGAGUGAAAAGGAAAAAGAAUAUUUCAGAGGUUAUAUAUGUUAUUAACCACUAUA